AUGAUAUUCAAGGUAUAAGAGUGCAUUGUGCCGAGUGUGAAAAUUUCGAUUUGUGUCUUCAGAAUCGUACGGCAAUGUUGUAACGGCUAUUGAAACUCUCAACCCGGAUUCAUUGGAAAUGGAAUUUGUCAAGAGAGAUUGCUUAAGGAACAACACAAGCGUAAAUGCAGGAGUGACGAAGUGCUUUGCUGCGGGCGCAGAAAUAGGUUCCCACCAAAAUAGCCAUGCUUAUCAGUUUAUGGAUACUGGCACAGCAAUUUUAUCCGUUUUUCGCGGUAAAGGCGCUUGGACAGCGAGAGAAGAAAUUCGAUUACUUGAUGCGAUCGAGCAAUAUGGAUUUGGAAAUUGGGAAGAUAUUAGUAGACAUAUAGAGACAAAAUCGGCCGAAGACGCAAAGGAAGAAUACGUCAAUAAAUUUGUUAAUGGAACAAUUGGUCGGCAUACUUGGACUCCUGCACAAUCUCAACGUCCAACAUUAAUUGAUCAUACUUGCGAAGACAAUGGGCCGUUAGGUACAACAGUGUUACAACGCCUACCCCCUUUGGACGUUACUUCAGAAGAAGCCGCCCAACUAGGUUACAUGCCAAAUAGAGACAGUUUUGAACGCGAAUAUGAUUUUACAGCAGAACAAUUGAUAUCGAAAAUGUCGCUCAAUGCCGAUGACACAGAAGCAGACUACUUACUAAAACUCUCCCAUGUAGAUCUUUAUACACGACGGCUCAGAGAGCGGGUUCGCCGUAAACGUUUAGUGCGUGACUACCAGCUAGUUGCAAAUUUCUUUCGUAAUCGCAACUACGCACAACAUCCCGGAUUGACGAAGGAUCAAAGGGAAUUUCGUGACCGUUUUCGAGUGUAUGCUCAGUUCUACACCUGCGACGAGUACGAACGAUUGCUAAGUUCCUUAGAGAGGGAAAAGGAAUUACGAGUACGUUUGUCAGAGCUAUGUCGGUACCGUUACAAUGGCUUAACAAAAAUUGAUGAGUGUCGUCAUUUUGAGCAACAUGCAUCCAUAGCAGCAAUGCGAGCAACAGGUCCUUACGGACAUGGCAAAACUGACAAUAUGCAACACAGCAUUGGAAAUCUUCGGCAGCAAGGCUACUCCUCGCACUCCCCUCCACACAGCAACCGAAAACACGAAACCUCAAACGUAAACGAAAAUCAAAAUUCCAUCGUACCAAGCAGCAUGCCCCUCACCGUCGACCCGAUCUCUUACGUCGUAUCAUCGCACAACAAAAAUUACUUGGAUAGCUAUCGGGGAUCACCGGCACAUACGACGACAUCGAUGGCGUCGGCAACAGGAAUGAAUUCAAUGCAUAUAUCAACAUCACUAACGACAUUGAGCAAGUCCCAGCUGAGUGCCAGCCAACCUCACCUACAGCAACUGCUCACAGGAACUGCAAAAAAUCAUCCACAACUACAUGUAAACGACGUUGCAAUUACUCACAAUCUAAGCACGGAAAAACUUCGGCCACUGGAAGUUCGCAGCAAUGUGAUACCCGUGCACACAAACGUCCAAAAAGGACAACUGCAAAUACUAUCCCAAGUUACGCCGAUGAGUAAUAUUUUACGAGCUCAAUUAGAUGAGUUGAAGCAUUUACCCCAACCGUUGGGUUCAAACUUCUUGUCGAGCAAUGAACAGCAAAUAUGUAAAAAUUUUAAUUUACCUCCUACGUCUUAUCUUUCCUUAAAAACAGUACUACUUAGUGGAGCACCUGUAAACUCCAGCAACUUGUCUCCAAUUGAGAGCUCAAUACGUAAAUAUUUUAUUAAAGUUGGAUGGCUGAGUCAUUGAUUUAACUGCUUACUAUCAUUGUUACCUCUAAAUAAACUUUGUGGUUGAAGAAUUAGGCAAAUGGAAUUUUUCGGCUUUGUUUGUCAUAAAACCGGCAUGUAACUUUAAAAUCCAUAGAAUAAUCAGUAAGAACUAAUUUUGUUCAGUUAUCUAAGUCCUAUAGUACGUAUUUAUUUUUAGUCUUAUGCACAUUAAAUAUAUGUAAUAUAAUAACUCUUCAUUGAUUGGAAGGAAAACAA